AUGGCGUCUGGGGAUGAUCCUCUCGUGCGGGGACGCCCUGGUUUCCGCUCCGUUGAUACUUCCGAGUUGAAUACCCAACAUGCGAGCAUCUAUCAACUUGGCUUCCGCGACCCGGGUCUGAGGUUCCAGCCAGUGGAUGGUGCGUUGGAUUACGCCAACCAUGCAGCUACGCCAAAGAAGCCAAAUAUUCUCUUCAUAAUCACAGAUGACCAAGAUUUGCUCAUGAACUCCAUGGAUUUCAUGCCCAUAGUCAAGGAUAAGCUUGGACGCAACGGAGUCACAUUUGAAAAACAUUACUGCACCAGCGCAUUCUGUUGUCCAUCUCGGGCCAGUUUAUUUACUGGGAAAUGUGUUCACAAUACUAAUGUGACAGACGUAAAAUUGCCAUGGGGAGGCUAUCCGAAGUUUAUCACUCAAGGCCUCAAUAACGACUACCUUCCUCUAUGGCUCCAGGAAGGAGAUGUCAAUACAUAUUACGUGGGCAAAUUUCUCAACGGUCAUGCCACUCACAACUACCGAGACCCCGUUGCCCCAGGAUGGACCAGUAGCAACUUUUUAUUGCAACCCGGGAUCUACGACUAUCUAAAUACAUUCUGGGCGAAGAACCACGGGCCAUGGACGGCACAUCCCGGUGAACAUGCUAUUGAUAUCACGACCAAAAACGCUUUGGAAAUGCUUGACACGGCCGUCGAGGAUGGGAAGCCUUUUUUCUUGACCGUUGCUCCAGCAGUGCCCCACAUGGGAAUUAAUUCUACUACUCUCGAGUCCUUCUUCCCCAUUCCCCAGGCAAAAUGGGAAGAUGCGUUUGCGAACGAAAAAGUCCCGCGAACUCCAAAUUGGAACCCAACUGAAGCUAGCGGUGCUUCCUGGCUCUUGAACUUGCCUCAUCAAAACCCGUCUGUCGUGGAUGGGCUAGACGAAAUGUAUCGCCGUCGCAUACGUUGUGUUGCGGGUCUAGAUGAUAUGGUUGGCGACCUUAUCGCCGCGCUAGAGAAGCAUGGGAUUCUGGAUAAUACGCAUAUUAUCUAUACGACUGAUAAUGGAUACCACAUUGGCCAGCACCGUAUGGGACCCGGCAAGAAGACUGGCUAUGAGACAGAUAUCAACAUCCCAUUAGUGUGGCGCGGCCCUGGGGUGCCGGCUGGGGUAGUGACCAACGCAGUGUCGACGCACACUGAUCUUGCACCUACCUGGUUGACACUAUUUGGACUACCCCUGAGGACCAAAUUGGAUGGCCGAGCCAUUCCGAUCAUUGUGAAUCAACCGUCCAAAAAGAGCGGCGAGCACGUCAACGUUGAGCUCUGGGGCGACGCGGCCCCGUACGAGGGUACCCUGCCUUACAAGAAGAUUGGAUGGGGAGUGAAAGGAAAGCACGACAAUACAUAUAAGGGGCUACGCAUUGUUGCAGACGAGUACAGCAUCUACUAUUCCGUCUGGUGCACAAACGAGCAUGAGCUAUACGAUAUGCUGACGGAUGAGUACCAAAUGAACAAUCUUCUUGCCGACACAUGGGAUAUUCUUAAUGUCCCAGAAGACAAGAUACUACUCAGACGGCCCUUGAGGCAAGUCGUGGCUAGACUUGAUGCUCUGAUGAUGGUUCUGAAGUCGUGCGUUGGUAUCGAAUGCACCCACCCGUGGCUUCAGAUCCACCCUCGGGGUAAUGUAGAGACUCUCCAAGAUGCACUGAACCCAAGGUAUGAUGGGUUCUACGAGUCUCAACCCAAGGUCGCGUUUUCUGCAUGCAAAUUGGGGUAUUUACUCGAACACGAAGGCCCUCAGUCGGUGAUGAAGUAUUCUGAAGAUUGA